CCCGGAUGAGUUUCCCCCCCCAACCCGCUCCCAUAGCCGGCCUUUUAAAGGAGACGUGCCUCUAUUUUAUUAUUGCAAAGGAAAUCCCGUUUCAAUAACCUAAUUCAAUGUCAAUCUGUCUGAGAGGUUUUUAUAAUUUAUUUAGCAUUUAUAAUUUUCAUAAGAAUAACACAAUUCAAUACGAUGUGUUUAUUUUCCAUUCUGAUUAAAAAUAGUGUCAAGCACUAAAGUGAGCCCUCGCUACUUCGCGUUUCGUUUAUCGCGGCUUCACUACAUGUGUUUUCCAAAUUGAGAAAAUAUUUAUAACUCAAAAUAAAACUUCUAAAUUGAGGAAACAUGUGUCUAACCUUUACGACAAUGUAGUAUUGCUCCAAAUGUUCAUUUACAUUCCUUUAGAAGUCCUUUUUGGCGUGUUAGCACGAUCGCGAAUUAGCGUCUUUCCACUAACUCGUUAGCCUGCCCAGUACUUCUUGUUGGUGACUGUACUUCGCGGAUUUCACUUAUCGCGGGUGUUUUUUGCACGCCGUCGGCGGACAGGCACAGGGGCAGCUCGUGUGAAUUUUCAGAAUUUCCCUCUGCGUACUUGGUGCUGGUUUUACCAGUACGGUAUGACUUUUGUAAGUCUUGCUGUGGAAAUUUGCUCAUGGUAAACCUGGAACUGUACAAGGAUUAAUUAUGAUAGCAUGGUGGAGGGGUGGACCCCAAGAGGGGCUUGGUGUUUUUUGAGCUGGCUGUGUCACAGAGCCUCUGAUGUCAGACAACAGAAAAAUGACCGCAGUCCUGUGAUGUCACAAAGCCGGAUCAAUACCCCUGGUGACUCCUGGGUUUGUUUGGUCGUGUAUGGUUUCUUUUUCCUGAGCAAGAUGCCGCUUCUUUUCUUGGGUUUUGCCCUGGGAGCCGUGGCCACAAAAACCCUGAGGACUGUCGUGGGGGGUCCACCUUCUGUUCGAGCGGGACGGCUGAUCCCGUGGGUGGACGAGCCCGUGGAAAGGACGGCGCGGCAGAAAAGGAGCCCGCUCAAGAAGAUCUGCCGCUUCGCAAACUACUACAACAACUGCUGGAUGAACUCCACGCUGCAAGCUACGCUAAACCUCAACGUGGUGCGGAAAAAGCUACCUAAUCGUACACUUCAGUUUGUGAAGUUACUCGCGAACAUGCCGGCGUUUGCUUGCCUCUAUCUGAGUGCCCUGGAGAACCCGGGCGUGAGCUUCACGGCGGCGGAGCUCUGCGUGGCGCUGGCCGAGCUCUGCGACUGCGUCCCGGCGCUCUUGUUGUACGAGAACAACGAUUCCGUGGAUCUGCUGGUGCCGCUGUUGUCGUGGUUCGACCAGUGUGGGAUCCGCACAAGUAUCAAGGUGCGCAACGUCAGCUGGUGUCCGCAUUGCCACCACACCACCUCGUCCAUCUCCAACUUGGGCAACAUCGUCACGUUGCCCAGACCGCGCAACGGCGAGACGUUGCUGUCUUUGAUGAAACGCGCCACGAGCGGGCGACGGAGCCGGUGCAAAGCAUGCGGGCACAAAACCAUGCAAAAGCAGUUCUGGCCCCAUUCGGACAUUUUGACCUUUUUCGUCAACCGCAUCGUCGGCGACGGCUACGUGUGUCACGACCACGUCUACUCGCCGGAGCUGCUAGAGAUGAACGUGAACGAGAAGACCAAGCAAACGUACCGCCUGGCCUCUGUCAUCUGCCAUGAUGGCGUGGACCGUCACAGCGGCCACUUUUGGUCCUACCUCUUUUCUGACAACGUUAUUAUUGAGGCUAAUGAUACUGACCUAUCCUUUACGGAUCAGGGUCCCCCUGACAAGGUCUACAAUAACGGUACAACUUAUCUCUAUGAAAUGCCAUGAGAUCCAAUACACAACAGUACCAUGUAUCGCUAAAAAAAAAAAGUGCUACCAAAUAAUGUGUACAAGAUCAAUACUUGGGUUGGUACUGGGUUUAGUCAGCACUAUUGUUUGGUCUGGAGGCAAAACCGAAAUUGUGUCAGUGGCACCAAGUGUUGAAAAUGUCCUGAGGCCCACCGCUAACGUGAACCAGGUUGCGCCCGAAACUAGCUAGCAGCUGUUUUGUUUACAAGCGAGACUGGCGAGUCACUAGACAGCCACCAAUGUGCUCUGUAAAGUACUUUGUUUCAAUAAAGUGCUUUUUGA